AUGCCUCCCAGAUCCAGCGCUCGCGUCGCCGGGAAGCGAAAGGCUGAGGAUGAGUACCAACCGAAUUCACCAGAAGCAGACCGCAAGACCCCUGCGCCAAAGAAGGCUAAGCUCAAGGCUGCAGAGGAAACGGUCGAGGUCACUGAUCGCAACACCCCUGCGCCAAAGAAGGCUAAGGGCAAGGCUACGGAGGAACCUGUCGAGACCACUAAGAAAACAAAUACCAGAUUCAAGAAGACUUCAGCCACAGUCGCUAGUAGCAGCAAGAGCAACGAUAAACCCACCACAGCCGCUAGCAACAGCAAGAACAAGGAGAGUUCCGCCACAGCGGCUCGUAAAAGCAAGGGAAAGUCCAAGGAGAAGUCGGCCGCAACCUCGAAGAGCCUCGAUAUCGAGUCCAAGGAGAGAUCUUCCGAGACCACAAACAAGGUCAAAUCCAAGGCCACGAAGAAGACCGCACGAGCAACCAACAGACUGGAGGACAUUGCCGAGAGUGAGGAGGAGAACACAGACAAAAUGGUCGACGCCACCGAGAAACUUCGUCUUGAUCUUGAGGAGGCAAAGCUCUUGAACAAGGAGUUGCAGGCCCAGAUCGACAAACUGAAGGAGAAGGCCGAGCUCGAGAAGAGCCUCGUUGCUGCCGGGGUCGCAAUGCGUCGCCACUGGUACGAUGCGUUUGAAGUGGCUCAUGGCAAGCCAGGUAAUGCUGAUGUGCAAAUGGAAGCACUGAUGGUAUGGGCAGGAGGCAACCUUCAGGCGGACAUGGCAAUGUUCAAGCUUGGUUACAUGAAGCCAUCAGAGACCGACCCCAACAAUGCCGCCGGCGAUGCGGAGAUCGACGAGACCUACAAGGCGUACUUCAACCGCUUCUACGCCAACGACUACGAUUUCCUGCUCAGCGUCUCCCACGAUAACUUCAAGCGCUGGUCUCGAAAGAUGGUUGAGCUCUGUAACAUGUCUGCCACAAUCGCCUUCAAUUGUGGCUACGUUGCGGACCAGGAUACCGGGGAUGAGGAGCUGGAGAGGUUCCGACGGCUGGCGAUUGAGUGUGCUCGGGACGAGGAGAGACUUGCCGCGCUGCACCCUGACCCCGAGACGCGCAUGGUGGCAUACGACGCCUGGCCAACUGUGGAGGAGAAGAUGAGGGAGAUCACAAAGCUGUACAACAGCAUCUGUGCCCGGAAAGCCACGGUUCCAUCCGAGUAG